AUGGUGUUGCUUAAAAAGGCGGCGUUUUCCUCAAAAAUAUACUAUAGUGUGGGAAUUUUAUUCGUUAUUGUUAUAUCAAUUGUUGUAACUACACGUAUUCAAAAAUUCAAUCCUGUCAGAUAUCCAUUUCCAAUUCAUUCAAAAAAUCAAUCUGUUUUAACACAAUCAAUUUCACAGCAAAUCAAUAUAACCUGUAUUGUAUACGUUGUGAAUAGUGGUGGCCGACUAGGUAAUCAUAUGUUUAUGGUCGCUAGUGCCUACGGUCUUGCUCGUCUUCAUUCUUGUCAUUUGUAUUUUACACCAGCAAUAACCGAUGAGAUGAAGUUAAUAUUUAUUUUUGAUCUUUCUCAUUUUCUUAUUUCGACUACAACAUUUAACUCAAUCAUGCACAAUCUUCCAAAACAAAUGACUAAAGAAAGUAGAAGUAUCACUUGCCAAUAUAUUCCAGAAUUGAUGCGUCCAAACGCCAUUUCCUCAGGACGUCUAUUUGAAUUACAAGGUUAUUGGCAAUCGUACUUACAUUUUCAUACAUAUCGCGAUGAGCUGCAAAAUCGUCUUUUUGUUGCGAGACGAUUGGUAAUUGAGCGCGUCUCAAAGUUCUUCAUUAACAUCUAUCGACGAAAGUUUAAAUUCAAGCCUCAUUUUUCAUUGGACAAUCAUCAAUUAUUUAAAAACCAAUUAGCUCAAUCGAAAUGGAUAACAUGGAUUGGAAUUCAUGUGCGACGUGCAGACUUUCUUCUUACAAAUUAUUCUUCGUCCGAUGAAUAUUUACUUUCAUCCAUUGAAUAUUACAAAAAACGUUAUUCGAAUGCUCAUUUUAUCGUUGCUAGUGAUGAUAAACGUUAUUGUAGAAAUCUAUUCCGUCAUCGACCAAAUAUUUUUGUUACACCAGUAUCGUUUUCCAACGGUGAUGAUUUAAUAGCAUUAUCACUUUGUCAACAUUCAAUCGUAACUGGUGGAACCUUUGGUUGGUGGACAGGUUAUCUUGCUAGUGGUGAAGUCAUUCAUGAUAAAGCAUAUCCAUCUGGCUGUGAGCGAGAUGAAUAUUACUAUCCAUCAUGGUUUAUUAUACCUGGACAAAUACGAGCACAUAACAAUAGUAAUUAUACAGUUUGA